AUGCCCCGCCACGGCCUUCGACGGGGCGUCAGCGGCCACUCCGCUUUCCCGAGUGAAGAUGGAGCUUCCGCCUCAACUCCAUCAAAUGACCGACCCCACCGCCAUCCCAACUUCGAGCCUCCGGUUCCUGCCCGGAACCCGCGCGCGGAAAUAUUUCCUGCAAACGAUGGGCAUCCUCGUCUGCAUAAUUUACCCAUUGGUGGCGACCCUGACCUCGCAGACACGGAGGAGGACCUAGGGGAGAGUGGGGAGGAGCAUGAUGACGAAGAUGAAGAUGAUGUCGAUAUUGACAUCGAGGACGAGGAGGGUGAUGAUGAUGAGGAAUUGAGGCAUGAGGAGGGCGAGGUAGAGAUGGAGGGUCAGGAAUAUGAUGAUUACGAUGAAAGGCACACCGCUCCCCCCAUCCCCGCCAACCUGCGCGAGAUCUCCUCUCUAGCUUCCUGGACAGUAUCAACACAUAAACCAGGUUGCGGCAUCGCAGCCCUCCGCCACCCAUCCCCCUCCCAGUUCUGGCAAUCCGACGGGCCCCAGCCACACACGCUCACGCUGCAUUUUUUCAAACGCGUUGCCAUCGUCCGCAUCCGCGUGUAUCUCGACUUCGAACUCGAUGAGAGUUACACACCUACCAAAAUGAUAUUCCUGGCUGGCAUGGGCGGUAACGAUCUUGUGGAGUUCGCGACAUGGCAGGGAGAAGCGCCUACGGGGUGGGUGGAUAUCGACCUCCAAGGGGCGGGGGGACGGCAUGAGAAGGUGGGACGGCGGGGGAGCAAGAGUCGUCAGAGGAGAGGUAGUAGGAGGAAGGGAAAUCUCAGCAGAGAGAAAGGAGAGGUGGGAGCGAGAUCGGGCGCGGGGACAGGGGCUUCUGUCAGCCAAGGACACGAGGCCCAUUCUGGCGAUGAAAUACUCGAUGAUGGGUCAAAUGGCAAUAGCAGCCCAAAGACUGAUUAUGAAGAUGGUGAUGGUGACGGCGACGACGAUGACGACGACGACUAUGAUGAUAUUACCGACAUGGACCCAUCGUCCGGCAACGUCCUCAAAGCCAUGGUAAUCCAAGUCCGCAUCAGCGAAAACCACCAAAAUGGCAAAGACACGCAUGUCCGCGGAUUCCAAGUGUUUGCGCGUGAUGAUCGCCGCCUUGCCCGAGAAAGACAUGAGGGCGCACGCAAGUCUCUCAAGCCCCACGGUGCAACUGGUGCCGAUGCUGCGACUGAUGCGAGGAAUGUUAGGGCUGGUUCGUCUAUGCCGGUUGAUCAAGGCGGGGGCGCUGCGGGCGAUGACGAAGUGUUUGGUCCGGCGUUUGAUGAGGAUGAUUGGAUGGGCGAGAUGGAGAUUCGGUAGUGGUCUUGGGAUUCAGAGGCAGGUUCGAGGAGUUUUACGUGUGUCUGAAUCGUGAAUUGGGUAUACGUUACUGUGUGUUAUACCUAACACGAUUUUUUUCCACUUCUGUUUUAGUUAUUUAUUGCUUGUUUCCUGCGCAUUGCCUGGCGAAUGAGGAGAAACGGGGACUAUACAUAAACUUAGAGUUUUCCGGGUUUUCUCGAGGGCGUUCAGGCGGAUUUGUUGUUCGUUUCUUUUCUCGUUCAUUUUUGUUCGGCUCCAGUUGUGCAUAAAUACCCUUGAAGUAUUUCUCUUAUUUCUUG